UAUAUUCUUCGCCUUGUUGGUGCGGAGGCUCGCUUCUCCCUCUCAUUGAGGUCAUAGCAGGCGCUGGCGAAUUGCAAAGGGUUCCUCGUAAAUUAGCUGCAGAUCUCAGAGCGGGGACUUUGCGUUCAGUUGUAGCCUUGAGCGCCGGGUUACCCGUAGCUCUGCCAGGGACGGAUUACGCACCGCAAUCCGGCCGGCUCGCUCUCGCUGAGGUGGGGCGGAGGUGGGAUAUGGGUCCCUACUACCGCUAAGGCUCAGCUAGAGGUAGCGCGGCUCUUGACCCGGCUUGCUCGGUUUCUUCCUUCCGUUUGUUUUGCUUCGCUGGCGAUUUCACCUUUUGUGGAGCUGGGCGAAGGGACUGAUCGGACCCCGCCUCUGGGGUUUAGACGGUACCGAGAAUCAACCUGGUUUUCAGGCGCGUCCUUGGAUGGACUCGGGAAAGGCAGGCGGAGAGGCUGGAAAGAAAAAGGAUCUGGAACUCCUUCUUUCCUGCCAGAUCCCUGGCAAGUAGCGUUGGGACUUUGCACUGAAGCCAAGUGAAGAACCUUAUGAUUGCACUAUACAGAACUCAAGUCAGAUAAGACUUCAGAGGGAAAAAAUACCCCAGCAUCAGACAUCUCCUGCUUUUUUUGGAAGACCCAUCCAUCAAUUUCUCCCCAAAUUUACACCACAGAAGCACCAUCUUCUGGCUACACACACUGAAACAAGCAUCUAUAGCCGUGCUUCCAUUUUUCUUUCAAAGUCCAUAUUAGAAAUCCAUUUCCCACCAUGUUCCAGCGUUUCACCAGCCUCUUCUUCAGUGAUAGCAGCACAGUUGAAGUCGUUGAGGAACCUAAGCCUUUUGUUUCUAAAGAGGAAGAAGAAGAUGGAUGGCUUAUUAUUGAUCUGCCAGAUAGUUUGGCUUCAAGUCUUGGCACUGAGCAGUGGGUAGGUGAGAAGGAUUCUGUUUGCGCUUCCCGUUGCCGCCAUGGGUCCCUUCCACCUACCACGUCUUCACCCCACUCCCUCAGUGACUGUGUCAGCAGGUCCAUGCCCUCUCAGCCUGACCCCUGCUUGAUGGAUGAGAGUUGGUUUGUUACCCCUCCCCCCUGUUUUACUGCAGAAGGUCCUGAUGCUGUCAGUAUGGAGAGCAGCCCCAUGGAGGACCUCUUGAUUGAGCAUCCCAGCAUGUCUGUAUAUGUCACCACCACCAGCAGCAUCAUUGUGGAAAGAGAGGAUCCUGAGGAGAACAUCCAGGAGAAUGAAAUACCUGAAAACUGUUUACAGCGCCGUCCCACACACCACUCCACUUCUCUUGCUACCAAGGCUGCCAUCUUGGAGAAGGUCAAUCAAGUGCGUCGGAUUCAGAGGGCAAAGCAGUUGGCAGAGAAGCAUAAGUUGAGUCAGAAAGUCAUGAAGAGGCAGAACCGUGCCAGAGAGUGCCGCCCACCACGGGCCAAACCCCAAAGCCACUUCGUCUACCAACCAUGCCAGCGCCAGUACAACUACUAAGCUACUUCAGGAAGUCUACACUGUGGGGCAUUAUCCUUUUAACUUUUAGCUUCACUAGCUCUUCACAAUGCUUUUCUCCAUCCAAGAGGGUUGUUUUCACUCAUUUUCUGAAAUUAAUCAUCCCUCCCCUGUGAGAACUUCCUACAUUCUCAUGAACUUGCAACAUUAAAUGGUAGAUCUUUUGUGGGCUUCUCUUGAGCUUUAUCUCUCCCCCUCCCUCUGUUUUUAGCAAAAAAUAUGUUUUCUGAUCAAUGACUUUUUUGAAUUUAAUGUCCCAUCUUCUCUACAUCCUAUUUCCAGAUUUUGAUUUGGAUCUCAUAGUGAAUGAAACACAACAUGCCUUGCUAGCAUUAAGAAACAAGACAGCAAGUCAACUUUGAAUCUCCAAUAUAUGGGUUUUUUAAGUGUUGGAAAAACAUAUAUGUAUCUUGGUUGUUAAGAGAAACCAUGUUUCUUGUGUGAGUGUGUUUCUUGGUCCUUAGGUAGCAUGAAUUCACACACUGGCUAUUGUAGCAGUUGCCAGUGUUAGACUAAUUUGGUGCUUCCAGUGAAUAUAUCACCUUUAUUCUAAUUUAAAUAAGUUACAGGAGGAACAUGGUGCCCUGUCAUUUCUUUUCAUCCCUUGUUAUUGCACUAGAGAGCCUGUGACAUCAGUGCCUUUCUUUUUGACAUCAUGCUCAUGACAAAAAAAAUAAAAAACCUAACAGAUUGUGAUGUCAAAUGGAGAUACCAGGUUCCUGUGCAAAAUGGAACACAAAUAAAACAAGAAAGAAGCCUAACGGAUCCCAAGUUAAAGAUUAAUGACAUGUAUUUUAACAUACU